AUGCUGGUCGAGGACAAGCGCUGCACUGAUGAGUACUUUAAGAAAACAUCAGCACCUGAAUGGGUCGACGAGUGGCGUGAGAAUGUAAAAAUUUUCUUAGAGCAUCACCGCGUCAUAGGAAGGUGUAUAGCAAUCGUAACUUCGGGAGGCACGAUUGUCCCGCUCGAGCGCAACACAGUGCGCUUUUUAGAUAAUUUUUCAACGGGAUCAAGAGGCGCCGCGUCUGUCGAGUAUUUGUUGGGUUUGGGCUACGCUGUCAUAUACCUGUAUCGUCCAGGAAGCGUUGCACCUCUCGCGAGACAUCUACAAAAAGCCACUUGUUCGCAUUUGGAUGUCGACUUCAUGAAUUACAUGGACGUCUCCGAGCAGCAGAUUUUGCUACUAGUCAACGACUCGUCUGCUCAAAAAAAGGUGGAAGAAGCAGUGAAAACAAUGCAUAGUAUUCGUGGAAGCAAUACGCUGUUGGCACUUCCUUUCACGUCUGUGCACGAUUAUUUUUUCUUGUUACGGAUGGUGGCGACGUGUGUAGCGCCGUGGAAGGAACGUGCGCUCUUUGUCUUAGCAGCUGCCGUGAGCGAUUAUUACAUUCCACAACAGGACUUGGUAAUUCACAAACUUCAGUCACGAGCGGGUCCGCUGGAGCUUAAGCUAGAGCAGGUGCCAAAGAUGCUCGGCGUACUACGUCACGAUUGGGCGCCACAGUCGUUUGUGGUGUCCUUUAAACUUGAGACGGACUGGAAGAUUCUUCGCGAGAAAGCACAACAGGCGAUCUCCAAAUACUCUAUGCACGUGGUAGUAGCGAAUGAGCUGCACUCUCGUUUCGAUAAUGUGCUGCUGAUAACGGAUAAGGAUGAGCGCUUUAUAACGCGACCACAGGAAGAAGCUGACAUCGAAAAUUGCUUAAUGACAGCAGUCGCUCGCAUGCACUAUCAGUAUAUCGCGUCACAAGAUGUCUCAGUACCUGACGACAUUGGCUACAGCGCUUCGCACUUCAAUUUAUGGAAAAAGCAGCUACCAGUUUCCGUUCAAAAGGUGUGGACUGUGAUUAUAGAUCACAAGGAAGAAAUUCUAGGUGUCCUAGCGGGCGGUCUGCUUUCUGUUAUGCUAAAUGUGCUGCAGAAUCACCUCCGCCGGUCUUAA